CGUUGUCGACGACGGCGCGUUUGUUUGGGCUUUCGGUGCGGCUUGGAAUUUGCCCAAAACCACGAGGGCGAACACGCCACCGAAGCCCUCCUUGUCUCAUCUCUAGGCGGUCCGCGCGAGCCGAGCUCAACGCAUCCCGAUUUGCGUGGCGCGUCACGCGAUACGGUGCCCACGUUUCGGGAAGAGCCGGUGCCUUCUCUCUCCCCACUGUGGUCACCGAGACUCCCCCAUUCCCUUCGAAGCAGGAGCCGGACGAAGGGAGCGUUUCCUCACGAAGCACCUGUACACUUCAGUGAUCCGGUACAAGACGGGAGUCUUCCUGCCGCACCGCUCGGACUGGCGCGCAUUUCAACAGGUGGCUGUGAAUUCCGGCGGCACGUUAAGGCUUAGGCGCUAGUUUCAAAGCAGAGAGAGACCUCACUUCAAGUCCAGAGGGAGAGUUGGGGAAAGGAAAACGCGCGGCUGUGCUGUGUGUGGUUUUUGUCGUUGGAGGGGAAGCCACCUGCUGUACUUUCCAAACGAAGUGCACCUCUCGUCGGGCUUGGCUGCUGUGACUCGACAAGGGGAACGGCGCUUCACUCCGGCUUCUUUGGAGAGAGUGUUCUGGCUUGGCUAUCUUGGCGCUGCUCCUGAAGUUCAACGAAAGAGAAGAUUGACCUAAACUGUGGGAGCAUGAAGAUAGCCCUGCUUCUAUGCAUCGUGGGCUGGUACCGUGGCCCGCUUCUGGUCUAUGCCGCUGAAGAUGCCAAGCUGCUGUCUCAACCGGAGGGCAGUACAGAACCCCCAGCACAGCCAGGAGGUUCGCACCAUGUUGUAGAGGGCGCUAGUCAUGCAAGCGACGAGGAAUCGCUGCGCCAUGCGGCGAAAAGACCCGGGGCACUGAACCGGGUGUCGAGGGCGGUGGGUGACCUCGACGAUGUCAGUGACGAUGAGUACGGAGUGCUCCGAGCGGGCGUGACCGGGCCUCGACGACACCGAUUCCUCCAUUUCGGACGCAAGAGGGUGCCGUCGGCGCCUUACUACGGGUCUCCGGUCCUCAACUUCGAAGGCACAGCCUCAGGCGAGGGAGAGGCUGAGUGGAGCGGGGGAGAAGAUGACGACGACGAGUCCACUGCGUCCCAGGAGGACCCGGAGGCGGCUGCAUUGCGGUGGGCCAAGCGAACACUUCGGGAGGGUCCCAACAGCUUCCUUCACUUCGGCAAGAGGGAACCGGAGGAGGAUGGAAGCAAUGGAGAACGACUAAGGUUCAGGCGAAGUGUGCAAGAGGCCAAACCUCUCGAAGCAGGUCAGGCGCACAGCACGGGUACGGAAGACUUCGAACAGCACAACGAACAAGCUGAGCCGGCUUUUUCGGAUAACCUUGUCCUGGCGUCGAAGGUUAAACGGUCUCCUAACCGUAUCAUGCACUUUGGCAAACGCCUUCAGCCAUCGUCAGCAGUUGGAGGCUUCGACGGUGUCAAGCGAGCAUCCCACAAUAGCAUAAUGCACUUUGGUAAACGCACUAAUGAUCAAGAUGUUGCCGCCGCCUUGUAUAACGUCUACUCUACCAUGGACGGUGGGCCAGAAAAGCGCGCUGGAAAUCGCAUUAUGCACUUCGGGAAGAGGGAUCCCGAAUACGGAGUUUCAACUGGACUCGAAGCCGAACCACAGUUUGACUUGAUAUCCGCGGAUAAAAAGGCUCCGAACAGGAUCCUCCAUUUUGGCAAGAGACCCAGCACUGGAAGCACCGGCAGCGCUGAGGCUGAAUGGGAUGGUGACGAAGCUGAAAAGGACAAACGCGGGAACCGCAUCAUGCACUUCGGAAAACGCGACGAGGAUGACUCUUCGGCAAUGACGCUGUCCUCAACGGACGAAUCAUCGUCCACGGCAGUCAAAAGGGCGGCCUCGGCACAAAGCCGGUAUUCCGGAACACCCGACCAGGUCCAGCCCUUCAUGGGCAUCGGGAGGCAACUUCAGAGGCAGUUCCAGGAAUGGAAGAAGCGAAACCGCAUUCUGCACUUCGGAAAACGGGAGCCUCAGCAGAGGUCAAGCAGCUACUACCAGCAGAAACGCUUGGCAAACAGAAUUAUGCACUUUGGCAAGCGAGCGGGCAGCUCAUAUUACGCCGACGACGCGGCAUCUGUCGUUGCAGCCAUGAAGGACAAGAGACUAAAGCACUCAAUUAUGCACUUCGGAAAGCGCGGCGAAGAGCUCGAAUCUAUCAUGGGUGGUGACAAGCGCAACCGAAUCAUGCAUUUCGGCAAGCGAUUUGGGGCCGGCGACCACGAUUCUCAAGAAGGGCAACAACUUCCCAUGGACAAGCGUGCGGGAAACAGGAUCAUGCACUUUGACAAGAGGCUGCCACGUCCAAACGGCGCACUGACGCCUACCGCCUGGGAUUACGGAGUCGACGCAGCCGCGGAGACGUCUGCCCCUGGAGCCACCAAGAGGGCGCAUCGAAUCCUCCACUUUGGCAAAAGGGACGGCGGUGCCAGUUACGAUGACACCGGCGUCGGGGGCGACCCUCUCCUCUUGGCAGAGGGCGUGGACGAAACCGACUCGACAAAAGUUACGGGCGGUCGUGGUCAGCCCGAGACGCAGAAGGUCGUCAGGAAGAAGAGAUCCGCUACACCUCCGGAAGAGAGCGACUACAUCGACGACACCCUCGCACAGAUGAUGGGCGCGCUGAUGGGUGAAGACGGCUACGCAGACCGAAUCACCAUGGGUCACUCGGGCCUGUCCGGGCCGCUGCACCUACCUCACGCGUACGUGGCCGCGCAAGUCUACGGGAAUGCAUUUCCGCGCAUGCUCAGUCGACCCAGCCGGAGCGACAGGUUAUUCCGCGCCCUUUACAGCGGAGAACAUGGCGCCGAGAUGAUGCCCAAGGGCCAGUCUCGCAACGUGUUCCUGCACUUUGGCUGAGUUUGUCCCGCACUUCACGAUUCUGAGCCGUGGCAAAGAAAAUCACCUCCCUUCCCCUGGCAUUCCUCCUGUUAGGUUCUGCUCCGGACAGCCGUCUUUCUUUGGCAGCUACCUGCAUUUCUUUUUUCUUUCCCUUCGCGGGUGAGGGACCUGGGUGAAGAGGAACCUGAGCGCUUUUCUGGAGCUUUCAUUUAGUAGCUCGAAACUCAAGGGUUGUCUGUAGCAAUUAUUGAUCGGUGUCAAUGUCGUUUUGUAGUCUGUGUGUAGCGCGAUUGUUCAUUGUUAGCUUGUUUUAUUGCUUUGUUAACUUCAUAAGGAGAGACAAGCAGGGUGACAACUACGCGUCGUUAAGGUGGCAUUUACUGGCUUUCGUCAGUGACUAUGCGAAGUCUGCACCAGAGUGAAACCUUGUCCCAGAACGAGAAUGCACGUCCACUCGUAUGCAUGCUGGUCUGGUUGCUCUUCGGGCACCCCUUGCUGUAUGUAGCACGGCUUAGAUAGCACUCGGAGCACAAACUCGGUGGCCACUUUCUCAGUGUUCUUUGGCAACAAUAAUACAUCAAUGAUUGUUAGCACUCUGGAAUCAUAUCGUAUGUCUCUUGCAGCAUCCCAUUUUUUUCGAAUACCAAAAGAUGACACUAUCAGUGCUCCCUGAUCUCGAAGCAAACUGUGAUACCACUCUGGGCGGCCGAUAUUGUCACCUAUAUAGGUUCUUAACGAAAAUUAGGUAUUUAUUGUAGACGGAUGAACUCCAUUGAUUCUGGCAUGUUUCCAUGUAGUGUCUCCAAGUGAAGCAAUUGUGCUUGUUUUUACGCACGCGUGAGGAAAUUAUAUAUCUACGCUCAGUCGCUGUGUCAUCUGCUAUAAACUGUGUUUACUAAUCUAAGGUCUCUGGCACUCAGCGGAAUUCUUCUGUGGGACACGAAUGCAGGAUAAUUCAUUGUGAAUACUGCAAUGUACGGACGCCUAUGUUAGGCCUAUUACAAGCUGUCAGGUUACAAAUAUAGUUGAAGCUGUUACGAUGUUCUCGUUCGACCCGUUCACUUUGUUUGUUUCCAUGCUCUUGGGAAGCCUUUGUUAUUGGUCUGAUACGAGGCAAAGAAAUAAGCGCUGAACGUGCUUCCUGAAAACUAAUAUAUUAUUAGAUUUAAUGGAAUUCGCAGUCAGAUAAAUAAGCUACCUCAUGUAAGCACAGAACGUGACAUGUUUUGUCGUUUAUGGCUUGAAACUUCAACGCUACCCUCAGUUUGCGAAAAAAGUUACAAUAGAAGACUUGUGUUUCUUUGCUGACCUGGAAGAGGCUUCCUUGAGCUGCUGCUUUACACAAUUAGGCUUUCCAGAAUGCGAAUAAUAGGUCUGAAAGAUAAAUAUUUAUUUCGAGAGUUCGGUUAAUACAGCACAAGAAGGUCUUGUGUUGUCUCUUUAUCGUUCCAUAUUGUGGCAACAACGGAAAGCUUCGCAGGCUUAUUGGUUGCUAUCGUUUUCUCUUAUCUCAAUGCACAAUUCGCCUCCUCACUGCUUUUCAUCGGCUUCGCUUCUGAACCGGUGCACCAACAGGAGUCUUUCAAGACAGGAAGCAGUUCUUCGCUUGAAUUUUGUGCCUGUAGGAGAUAGAGGACUUUCUCUAAGUUUCGGAAUAUGUAUAGUUUACUCGUUUUUUACCUGUGCUGCUCACUUUUGAUGUGAACAGCAAUUACGUGUUCGAAUUCAAAUACGUUUAUGGACAAUCUUCUGACUUAAAUCAUGGUAAAGUGUCUUUCAAAAAACCUAUUUGAAGUUAUAGAAGAAGAAAUUCUUUUGCUCGGUCAUGCAGGCCAUGUUGACGUUCCGUAGUUCCCAUGUUGAAACGUUGAAUGUUAUAGUACGUUGCUACGGUCCGUGUUUGCUUCAGUAUCAUUCCAUGCUCCGAAACACCUGACAUGCAAAUAUUUAUCUUAUCAUUGCAUUCAAUUUUUUUAGGAGGAAGGUUCCGUGUACAACUCAUGUUUUGCAAUUACAUUUGACGCACAUUCCCAGAGAUAUGAGUUAUUUAACCAUCACAUUGCUUUUAAUCAAAUAUCCUCGCUUAAACCAACUAAAUAUGAUACCCUUUUGAGUGAUCGUCGCAGUUCUUUAAGUUAGGCGCUCAGCCGAUUUCUUGUAUAGAUAUUUCAUGCGAAAAUAUAAACAUAAAAAUUAACAUCCAUUUUACAUAACCUUAAGAUCGCUAUAAAAAUGGAUAUCGCAAUUCUACGAAAAGCGCUUAGAGUCAGUUGAGGGUUAUUUAUUGGUUUUCAGUUGAAUGAAAUAUUUCCAAACUACUGUAACGUUGGGAAUACUUGUAGCUAUUUUAAAACGUCUUUCUUAUUUUGCCACUCAAUUUCUUCAUCAGGGGUGGAUUACAAGUUAACCAUAUAAGCUUUAGCUUUCGAAUUAAAGUGCUCAGAACUAUUAUGUAUCAGUUAAGAUUGAAGCUAAAUACGCAAUUCAUUAAACACAUGCCUUACGAAUUGCCUAUACGAAAGUUCUGCAUCAUUAAAAAACAAAAAUUCUUGCUUUUCUUCAAUUAUAAGACCACUUCACAGAAGUCGGCUUAGCGUUUGAAGGGCGCAGUGCUACAUUUCACGUAUUCGCGACGAUCACUGGAGCUGACCCACAGCUUGAGUUUCCUCUGAACGUCUAUUGUAGGUUAUAGCGACGGCAACAAACCACUGCAUGUGCUGUCGCCCUCCGAGACAAACUUCAAUACGAUGCAUUUAAAUGACCAGGUGAUGUCGUUUAUGAUGACCUUUAUCCUUUUGUUACUGGAUACCUCGCUCAGAAAUUACCCAUUUGAAUUUUAACUGAAUGCACUAAUUUCAUCAACAGUUAGUAACAAGCUGUUUGUGUGAUAUCACGUAUUUAUGAGUCCUAUGUUUAAAGGUAUCACUCCACUUUGUUCAUCAUUUGCUAUUUAUUUCAUUCGCGCUCAGGUUCAUCUCUCCAACAGUGGAGUCUCGCAUAUUUAUUUAAUUUAUUUGCUAUUUAUUAUCCGACGUGCCACAUUUGCAGCCUCACUCAACCGUCUCUAGGCUAAGAAGUGGCCGAAUGCAUCGAUACGUGCAUGAGAAUACUGAUGGAGGCUGUACGACCGUGCGAAAUAAAGAGGACGUUGACAAUCUCAACUGGACGACCAAGAAAAACGCACGAGAAUAAAAAAAGAA